ACAAUGAAAGGAAUUCACUCUCUGGCUGGACUGCUGCUGUGGUUUAUUGUUCAAGGUAGCUGGCAGAUCCCUCUUCAGGAAAGAGAGGAUAAGCCGAGGUUUUUGAAAAUGAGAGAAGCUGAACUAUCUGAUGAAGCCAGAGAGCUUUCACACGUCAAACGUCAUUCACAAGGCAUGUUCACCAACGAUUACAGCAAAUAUCUGGAAGAAAAACUGGCUCAAGAGUUUGUGGAGUGGUUAAAGAAUGGUAAAUCCAAAAGGAGUGGGGAAAUCACAAAUCAGCAUGCUGAUGGUACCUACACCAUUGAUUUCAGCUCCUUCCUGCAGGACCAGGCUGCCAGAGACUUUGUUUCUUGGCUGAAGAAAGGGCAAGGCAGAAGAGACAGUGUGGCUGAAGAACUGCGUAAAAGACAUGGAGACGGAAGCUUCACACACGACAUGACGACAGCUCUAGACAGCAUUGCUGCUAAAGAGUUCCUAAACUGGGUCAUGAACUCCAAACCAUCAGAGGCAAGCAGUCUUUAGUAUCGGUGAAUGAAGAAAUACCAUUGAUCGGGAAAAUGCUUCAAAACUGAAAAUUGUUCAAAAUAUGUGUUCUACAAUUGACAUUUGAUCUCACUUAAGCCAUGCCACUAAUGAAUGCUGUGCGGUAACUAAAAUGCAACACUGUGUCAAGAUUGUAAAAGGAAACAAAUAAGAUCUCAGUGUAACUACACCUCAUCAACUCUGCAGCGUAUCAAAGGUGAAAAGCAAUACUGCCUACCUUCUUUCUAUUUAUGAAGUUAUUUUUCUAUAAAAUUGGUUUGUAUAUACAGUAUGUGCAUUCGCUAUGUUUGUAGAGCAAAUUUAAAUAACUGCAUUCCUUAUACAAUUGUUUCA